AUGAAUGUUUAAAACUCUAUGGAUUAAUUUUCAGAAAAUUAAAGUUCUAUUUCUGAUAUUUCUGCUAAGUAGCAAUAUAACUUUUAAAAAUUGAAGUAGCAUUCAGAUUUUUUAGCUAAUUUUGUUAGGGAUAAUAAUAUUUCAUUAAAUGAUAAUCCUUCAGUAGAAUCAAAAAUUAUGGAAACACCUUAGCGAUCAGAUAUUGUUGGAAUCAAAUAAGGAUAGAUUAAAUCCUAUAUUACAUCACCUCCUUCUUAAAGAACUUACUAAGAAGGAAAUAGAAAUAUAUAAAAUUUAAUCAAGGAAGAAACAGAUUAACGUUAUCAUGAUAUCAUUAAUUAAAAGAGUUCAAAUAAGAUAAAAAAAUAUGAGCAAUAAGAUGAUAGUAGUAGAAAUUCUUAUUAAUUUUAGAAAUAAAGGGAAUAGAAUGAUUUAUAAAACUCAAGUGAUACCAAACUCAAAGAGAAUAUUCAACAGAAAGACUAUCAAGAGGAUAAUUACGAAAAUGAAGAUGAUUAUCAUUCGAAGGGUCAUAGAGUGAUUAAUACAAUAGACAAUAUCUUUAACAAAAUGAAAACAAAAUAUAAAAUGGAUUUUUCUUUGAAGGAAAUCCAAAAACAUUUAAAUAUUCCUGACUCAACUGCAGGUAACUCUGCUAAUUCAAGCAGAUAAAAUUUUGAAUCAAAUUCUUAAGGUGAUAUUACACUAAGCUAACUAAACUAAAACCAGAGAUUACUACAAAUAUAAGAUUUUUCUGGCUUUGACUAUGAAACUAAUCCAGAUUCAAUAGUUCAAAAAAUAAAAAACAAAGUGCUAAGCAGAUAAGGAAAUUAAUUUGAUAUAUAGUAAGAAUAGGUAAAAUAUAAUAGUAAUCAGGCAUAGACAACUCAAGAAUUUAAAGAAAAGCUAAUUGAGAAUAAAAAAAAUGAAAUAAAAAAACGUCUUUCACCUUCAAGAGUUUAAAACAAAAAUUCUAUAAAUUAAAUAGAUGAGCAUGAUGCUGAUAUGGAAAUAGAAAGAAUAAAAACUAGAAUUUUUAACAGAAAUUCAGAAACUAAAAAGACAGAAGAAUCACCUUAAAAAAUUGAAUAAGUUCCAAAUAAAAUAGAUAACCAAAAAAUUUAAGAAAUUGAUUCUAAAGCAACCAAAAAAAUUAAUAAGAAACAUCCAAUUUACAAUUCAAGUGAUAGCAGUGAAGAAGAUGCGAAGAAUCCUAAAAAUUCAAUAAAUUCAUAAUAAAAAACCAGCAAGAAAAUAAAUAAUUAAGAUUAUUUUAAAAAUAAAAAUGACAAACUCAUCUAUGAUGAAGAGGUAGAAAAUAAAAAAAACUAAAAAAAUGUUAUCCCAACAAAAGAAAAUAAUAUGAAAAAUGAAUAAGUUAAAAAUAAAAAAAUGGAAAAACAUGAAGACGAAAGCUUAAAGGCAUUAGAAUAAAUUUCAUAAAAUAAAAUUAAUUUUAAAGAAAACAUAAAAAAACUAAAACAAAUAUUUAAAAAUAACUUUGAUCUAUAAAAGUGCAAGGAUGAUGAUGAAGAAGAAGCUUAACAUUAAAUUGAUAAAUAAAAUUAGAAUUUUAAAAAUUAUAACUAAAUUCAAUAGUACUAAUAGGGAAGAGAUAGUGAAUUAGAGUACUCACAAGAUCAUUAAAAUUUCUUUUAUGAUGAAGAUACAGUGACUACCAAAGAACAUAUUGUGAUAAAUGAUUAAUCUGAGAAUUUUAUUGGCAAAAGAAAACCAUAAAGUUAUAACCAAUAAUUUGGAGUUGAUAAUGAUGAAAUUGCUGAUAUGGAUAGCGAAGUAUUUAAUAUAUCUCCAGAUCACCAUCCGCAAAAUGACCAUCAUUUAAAUAGUAUUCCAGAUGAAAAUCAUACUAUCAGUAUAUUUAAUGAAAACUAGUCUCUUUAAGCUAGUUUUCUUGAACAAAGCAUAUUUUAGAAGAGCCCCAGAUAAUCACAAGCGGCACAUUAUAAUAAUAAUAACACAUUUUCACAACAAAUAAAUAAAAGAGCCAAUUAAGGUAGUUCCCCUUCACCUAUACUAAAUACUUAGAUUUAAGGCCAGAUUUUAUAAGACAGUUUUCAGAAAAAUCCACAAAACUAUCGCUAAAAUAAUUAAAAAACUAUAAAUUAACCACAUACCUAAAAUAUUUAAAGCUAAUCUGAAACAUCUUUAUCAUAAAAUAAAAUAAACUAAGGAUAAAUAAAUAAUUCAGUAAUUAACAAAACUUAGAAUUAUGUACAAUCAGAUUUAUAAUCUAGCUAUCAACAUAAUAAUGCUUCAAAUCUCAGUUAUAGUCAAUCCAUGCAUGAACAGUCUUAAAUAUAUUAGAACGAGCAAAAAAAAUAUCAAAACGAUUAGUAAUACUAGAAUUAUACUUUAGGUGAGAGAAUAUUACCAUUAAUAGAAGAGGAGGAUGAAAGACUAUAAAAAAUAUAUGAAACUGAUCCAAUCUUGCAAAAACUGCACCAAGAAAAAAGUGGUCUAGAAUUUGAAUUAAGCAAAUGGGAAAAUAUAUUGCAAGAACUUAAUAGAUAAUCUAACCAUCUUUAAUGA